GAAGAUGCUACUAUCCUUCCAUAUAUUAACCCCCUUCACAUUUUCUACCCUAAAAUCAUCGAUUUCCCCUUUACACUUCCAAUCUGUAACAAUGGCCGAUGCUUCACACAAGAUUUCUUCACCUUCAUCAACUUUACCCUUCAAAUCCAAGAAAAAUUUGGGCUCCAACUCCAAAUCAUUGCUUAAGGAUCCGCAAUCUUUGAGCUCCAAGACGCCGGAGAAGCCGGCGGAGCGAACUAGGAAGCGGAAGGUUGCGCUUUCGAUUAAAGAGGUUAAACGAGCUGCUCAGAGCGUCAAUGAAUCUAAUCGUCAGUUGCCUCAUGAUCUGACCACUAAAGGGAGUAAAUUAGUUAGAAGACAGAUGGAUUCAUCAUCGAAUGAAAGUCUAUCUAGUAGAUCCAAGACUCGUGUUGAUAAAAAGUCCAAUAAAUUGCCUGAGAAAUUUGAGCUGCUGUGUAAGUUCUUUGAUUGCUUGGAUUCUGCAAUGCGGUUGUUACGAUUUAAAGGUGUAGCCUCCAACUUCUCUAACGUUUGCACUAAGAUUGAAGUCCUCACUGAUAGGAGGUUUUCAUACAAUCAUUUGGCUCAAUUGAAGUUUAUUUUACCUGAAGCAAUUAUGCUGAAGAAAGUUGUGGUCUUUGAUGAGCGUACCAGCUGUAUGAAGCCAGAUCUUCAUAUAUCUUUCAAUUUUGAUAUCCUAGAGAGUAAGGAGGACCAGUAUAUGCAAUUGAGGAAGUUGUUCAGGACACGACUUUCAGAAUUUGCGAGUUCCCAUCCAGAGAUUGAUGACGUUCCAAAGGAUUUGCUACCGAAUCCAUUUAAUUUCAGAAGCCAAAAUCUUUUCCCAAAAACCAACCCAUUAUCUUCUGUCAAGACAUCAAUUGAGCAACUAGGGCCUGAGCAACCAAUGCCAUCAGCAGAAGGCCUUCUCUCUAAUCAUCAUUUAGAAGAAAAUCAAGGUUUCCGGAUAAUUAAAUCUACUGAUCAUGGCCCAAAUAAAAAGAAGGAAUUAUUAGGGUUGUCUCAUUUUUCACCAUCUAUUAGCCGACUUUUCUCUCAAAAAGUUGUUGACAGAGAAAUGGAAAAAACUCAUGUCGAGACAAAUAUGGAUGCAGAAACUUCGUCUACAACCAAACCUUUCUCCCCAAUUAAACUAUCUUCCAACUCAACCUCUAACUUACAUUGUGUUGAAAAAUAUGCUUCUCCAAUUUGCUCUUCAACAUUGCCAAUUCCCACAACUCCCAGUAAUAUGGUAGGAAUAGUAAGCAUGAGAAAAGAAGAUGGUCAAUAUGCAAAAGCUAAUGAUAUUGAUUCAACUCCCGCAAAGUUUGUUUCAACCCCGGACCGGCUGAUGGCUAGCACACCUGCAAUAUCUGCACCAAAACGAAGUUCCAUGACUCCAGACGAUGAUUUUGCCUAUUCAACGAACAAAUUAGUCAGACGUCCACCCCGUUCGAGAUCACUUGUAUUUGACACUCCCACAAAAGAAGAUAAAAACAAGGUUGACACAGAUGUUUCACUGGACGAUGACAUUCUAGAUGUCCUAUCUCAGAGCCUUGUACAAUCGAUUAGAGAGAAAGAAAGAAAGAUCAAAGAAGACCAAAUGCCAGCAAUAACACAAGCUAAGAGACGACAGAAAAUGAUUGCUGGCCUGCCAAAACUCUUCAAUGCUAUCUUCUUCUUGUACCACAAGCGUACAGUUAUUAAACGAGAGGAGCUAUUAAACAAAAUAAUCGUCGGCAGUGUUGAUAUCCUUGAUAGGAGAGAAAUUGAAGAGCAACUAGAUUUGUUGUUCGAACUCGUACCCGAAUGGAUUUCUCAGAAGUCGGCAUCCAACGGUGGUGAUGUGCUAGUUUGCAUCAAUAAAUUGUCAAAUGUUGAAUUGGUUCGUGUUCGACUCGAAGAAGCUAGGUAAAGGAGUAAAGAAGUUUAUCGAUCUUUUUGUCUCAGCAUCUAAUAGCCUCUGUCUUGUAUAAAAUCCAUAAUGUAAUUGUAACAAAAACAAAAAUAACAAAUUUCUAACUACAGUUUUUUUUGUUUUGAUUGAUCUCUUGCUCUUUGAUAAAGCUUGUUAACUUAUUGUAAUUUUGCCAAGAUAGAUGAUACAUAACAAGAAUUCCCUCGGA